AUGACUAAUCCACCUGUUUCUGGUCACAGACGUUAUAACCCACUAUUAGAUGAAUGGAUUAUUAUUUCUCCACAAAGAAUUCAACGUCCUUGGGCAGGUCAAAUAGAAGUCGACAAUUGUAAACCCGUAAAAGCCACGGAAGAUUCUGUUGUUGAAAAUUCCAAGAAUCCCUUAUCUCCCGGGUCUCUUCGUGCAAGUGGCAAAAUCACACCUGAUUAUGAUUCUGUUUAUACAUUUCACAACGAUUUUCCAGCUCUGGUGAAUGAUGAGUGCAAUAGUCGAUCUGAUAGUUCAGCUGUUUUCAAAUCUGUCAAUGAAAAUCUAUUAUUUGCAUAUGCACCAGCUCGAGGAGAUUGUUUAGUUACAUGUUUCCAUCCAGAUCCACAUAAAACUCUAGCCUUAAUGGAACAGCAUGAAAUAUUAUCUGUAAUUACUGAAUGGUGCCGAAUCACUGAAACAUAUUUAAAGGGGAAAUGUCAUCAAUGGUUGCAGAUUUUUGAAAAUCGAGGUGCUGCUGUUGGUUCGUCUAAUAUGCAUCCUCAUUGUCAAAUUUGGGCAUGCGAUUUUAUACCAUCAUUGGCGUCACGACGAGAUAAAAAUCAACGGAAUUAUGCUGUCCAACAUAAUAAUGUUCCUUUGCUGCUUGACUAUGCUCUUCAAGAGGAAGCGAAUAUGAAUAACAAUCCAUCUAAUUCACGGAUAAUUAUCCGUUCAAAUCAUUGGCUUGUACUUGUACCAUGGUGGGCAUGUUGGCCUUUUGAAACAAUGAUUUUACCACGUAAACGUCAUAUUCUCUGGUUGCACGAGUUAACUGAUGAUGAACGAUUUGAUCUUGCCAGUGCAAUGCAAGAGUUACUUGUUCGUUAUGACAACUUAUUCACCACAGAGUUUCCGUAUUCUAUGGGUUGGUAUCAAGCACCUAUGUCCUCUGAUAAAGAGUCAUGCGAAGAUUUAAACGUGAAGUAUAAACACUGGCAGUUGCAUGCAGUUUAUUUGCCUCCUUUGUUGAGAUCAUCUGCAGUGAAAAAGUUUAUGUCCGGUUUUGAAUUAUUGGCAGAAACACAAAGAGAUUUAUUGCCGGAGGCAGCUGCUAAAAUGCUACGUGACACCAGUACAAUACACUAUAGUCGACGGGAACGGAAUGUAUGCAAACUAUCAGAUGAUACAAUUUAUAAGAAUCGUGUAAUACAUUUGCACAAUGCAUAUCGAACAAUAGAAGCUUUAAGGGAAAAUUCAUCAGGAGUUCAUACUGGUCAAGCAGCUAGUUACAGUCACAAUAUUUUGAACAGGUGA